AUGCGAAUAAUCAUCGAGACUUCUUGGGAUGUGGUGUACCUCUGUGGCUAUUUUUCAUUGGUUGUCUAUUUUCAAUAUGCCAUUUUCACUACAAUAAUGUAUACUUAUAUGACUAAAUUAAAUCCCUCCGUUGGACCCACCACUUUUGGUCUUGCUGUAACAUUUCAUGGAGUUGGUCAUUGUCUCGGAGCACUCGCAGCCGCUUGGUGGACUAACAGGCGAUAUAAAGCCAAAAAACCAUUAAUAGCUGGAUAUGUGUUCAUGUUGAUUUCGAAUUGUCUCUUCCUUUUGGCAGAUCAUGUUCCAACUGAAAUGACAGCUCCAUUUAUUAUGUUGUGCAGGUUUCUGGGUGGUCUUGGAAUGGGAAACACUGCAACUCUUCGUACCACUUUAACAGCUCACUCAAUGUCAGAUGAUCGUGCAAAGGCAAUGUCUGUAUUCAUUGGAGGACGUGCACUUGGUCUGAUUCUCGGUCCAGGACUUCAAUUAAUUUUCCUUUUCUUCGGAGACACUGGACUCCAACUCAUCGGAUCUUUGCAUAUUCAUUCCCAUAAUGCUGCUGCUUUUGUUUCGAUCAUUCUCAAUUUGUCAGCAAUCGUCGCUUUGUUUACGUUGUAUCAAGAUAUUGAGAGGAAUGGAAAUAGUUGCAGUCAACGGAGUGUUGAAGAUGACGAAAAUUGGCCACGACCUGAUAAACUUGCAAUGUUUGUCUGUAUGCUCACAAGAUAUUGCCAAAACUUUACAUAUUAUUCGAUCGAAACUUUGGCACCUGCUUUCAUAAUGAUGAUGUUCAAUAUGGAAAGAGACUCUGCUGUUGGAAUAAUGUCCAUUGUAUUCUUCAUUUCUGGCGUCUUUGCUAUCACUCUCUACAGUACUUUCGUGUUUAGCGAUGUAGCUAGAAAACUAAAUAUCGGGAAAGUGAACACUGCAAGUCUUCUGAUAUUCACGAUAUAUGUUUUGACAACCUACCAAUGGCCAUUCAUCACUACGGACGUUGCUGUAAAUACAGAUGGAACGCAUGGUGGAUGUGAUUAUUCCAUUUAUCAGUGGUGUAUCGGAUUACCAAAGACUUCACAAGAGUUCUUUUAUAUCGGCUACAUUAUAUCUUUCGGUGGUUGUGUUCCAUUCAUAAACGUCGGAGAUGCCACUCUUUAUUCCAAGCUUUUCAAUCCUGUCGGUCAAGCUUUGGAGCAGAGUUUGUACGAUGUAUCCCAAAUUUUUGCAAGAGUUGUAGCUCCCGUUUUGUGCACAGCAAUAUACUCGUCAUUUGGUCCUCAGCGAGUAUGGGAGCUUCUCUUCGCACAAUUGGUUGUUGUGACAGCUUUAUGGAUUGCAUUCGCCCAUCGAAUGAUUCCACUUCGGCCGAAACCGCGUCCAGUUUUCUACCUUGAAUAA